CAUCAUCGCAUGCCUGAAAGAGCUUACCUGAGCUUCUUCGUCAAGGCCAUCUCGAAAGCAUUCCUUGGAACGGCAUGUCGUGUACACGUCAACGGUCUCGAGCGAUUCGUGUCUCUCGUCGAACGCAAGAAAGGAUUGAUCACUUAUUCCAACCACAUCUCUGUCCUCGAUGAUCCUCUCACUUGGGGCGUCAUGCCCUUGCGCAAUUGUCUCGACAAGCGCACUGUUCGGACGACACUGGGCGCAUCUGAUAUUUGCUUCACCAACCCGCUCUUCACAGCAUUCUUCAGUGCAGGCCAGACGAUAGAGACGCACCGAGGUGCAGGAAUCUAUCAGCAUGCGAUUGAUGUGGCCAUUGAGAAGCUCAAUGCCGGGCAUUGGCUACAUAUCUAUCCGGAAGGAUACGUUGGGCAGACUUCGCCGACGACGGGCAAGCUAAGACGCUUCAAAUGGGGCCUAGCACGGUUGCUGCUCGAAGCGAACCAUGCACUACCGCAUGAGCAAGGCGUGGAAAUUGUACCCAUCUUCAUACAAGGCUUUGAGAAAGUUAUGCCCGAAGAACGUGGAUUUCCUCGCUUCUUGCCUCGACUGGGUCAACGGAUCACCAUCACCUUUGGGGAGCCAGUCACUCAACUCGUCAGGCCUCUCAUCGAGCUGGAAGAUCUUUCAACAGGCAAGGUCGUCAAGCAGAUCACGCUCCAGACAACAGAUUCGCAAGAAGGCUCCCUGGCAAUUGAGGACAGAGCGGGCGUUCGCGGCAGGCCGCGGCCACCACUGUAUAAACGCGAAGAUCCUACGCUGCCAGAUCGACGCUCCAAACUCGUUGCUGUCUUGCAAGAUGCGCUCGAAAGCCUCGGCGCCAGAACGCUGCCAGAAGCGUGACGGUGCCGCCAAGCGCACACAUGAGAAAUAAACUCUUGCCUGGACAUCGCGCUCUCAGGCUCUCGUGCGCGGAAGAUCCAGCUAGAAUGGGUCGACGUUGGCGCAAGUGCUGGAACAAUUGCCACACCUACCUCCAGCUACAGCUUGUCGAGUCAUGUAGCACCUCGAGUGCCUGCUACGGUCCUCGGUCUGUUAGGAUUUCGCGAUGGCUCCUGGGUCACAUUUCUCGUCGCUAUUGUGCCUCACUCGUCUUUCACCCCAUUGAGAAGCACAAUAACAAUACUGACUGUAUAGAGACAUCUGGUCUCACGAAUCAAUGCCCUCACUCGGUGGUGACCUUGAGAUUGGCUUCUCGCAGAGCGCCAUGCCGGACCGUAGAGCAAGCCUGUAGGCACAUGCACUUCUUUCAAUCGCGAGA